AUGUAUUUAGAUCUGACCAUGCAGAAAUCGUUCGAGCAUCCCGAAUCCACGCCUGCCUCCUUCACUGUUUGCUCCGAAGCCGCAGAUAUUACCCGUAUUACUGGUCUGCGCUUGGAAGCUGAUAGUGCGGAGUCUAACGAUGGCAUACCUAGCAUUUUGUGUGAUACCCAACAAAUGAUACGUGUCUUCGGUCAGGGAUUAAACGAGAACACUGUGAUUGCGUUUACAAAUGAGGAAAAUUCUUAUAAGGGACCUUGUCAGACUCCGGUGUCGGCUAUAUUCAAGCCAUUUGAUGUCUCUCCCGAUGGAUCCACAGCCACGUAUUCGAUCAAUGUGAAGUAUUCAGAGAAAGACUUGUAUAUAUGUGCGAAGAACGAUAUAAGUGCCGCUCACAGCUCUGCCGCCGAAGCCAUUCCGCUUGAGCAUCAGGGCAAUGAGAAAUGGAUGAAAAUGGGCACAAAUAAACCUCUACUGCCAGUUUGGCUGUCAGUAAUUAUAAUAGUAACAUGCUUGUGUUUCUCAUCGCUGUUCUCAGGCCUCAAUUUGGGUCUAAUGGCCAUGGAUCGUACCGAAUUAAAAAUUUUGCGUAAUACUGGCACGGAAAAAGAACGAAAGUAUGCUGCAAAAAUUGCACCAGUUAGAGAUCAAGGUAAUUAUCUGUUGUGCAGUAUUCUCUUGGGUAAUGUGUUGGUUAACUCCACCUUUACCAUUCUGCUGGAUGGUUUGACCUCUGGACUAUUUGCUGUUAUAUUUUCUACACUGGCCAUUGUACUCUUUGGUGAAAUCACACCUCAGGCUGUAUGCUCAAGGCAUGGCUUAGCAAUUGGUGCCAAAACCAUUUUGAUAACCAAAACUGUUAUGGCCAUAACAGCACCGCUUUCGUAUCCAGUCUCUCGCAUCCUAGAUUAUUUGCUGGGUGAAGAGAUUGGAAAUGUGUUCAAUCGUGAGCGUCUAAAGGAACUUGUUCGCGUGACCAAUGACAGUAAUGAUUUGGACAAGAACGAAGUGAAUAUCAUCUCAGGCGCCUUGGAGUUGCGAAAGAAAACAGUUGCCGACAUUAUGACGCAUAUAAAUGAUGCUUAUAUGCUAUCAUUGGAGGCUAUCUUGGACUUUGAAACUGUGUCGGACAUUAUGAACUCUGGUUAUUCACGUAUACCUGUCUAUGAUGGCGAUAGAAAGAACAUUGUCACACUGCUUUAUAUCAAGGACUUGGCAUUUGUCGACACCGAUGAUAAUACACCGCUAAAGACGCUCUGCGAGUUCUAUCAAAAUCCCGUGCAUUUCGUUUUCGAAGAUUACACUUUGGAUAUUAUGUUUAAUCAGUUCAAGGAAGGCUCCAUUGGUCACAUCGCAUUCGUGCAUCGCGUCAAUAAUGAAGGCGACGGCGAUCCCUUCUACGAGACCAUUGGCCUCGUUACUCUUGAAGAUGUCAUUGAGGAGCUAAUCCAAGCGGAAAUCGUUGACGAAACCGAUGUCAUUGUGGACAAUCGUACUAAAACGCGCCGGAAUCGUUACAAGAAGGCCGACUUUUCGGCAUUUGCUGAGCGUCGCGAAGUGCAGGCCGUGCGUAUUUCUCCUCAAUUAACGCUGGCAACAUUCCAGUACUUAAGUACAGCUGUUGAUGCGUUUAAAAAGGAUGUCAUAUCGGAACCAAUAUUGCGGCGCUUACUUAAUCAAGACGUUUUCCACAAUAUUAAGGCAAAGGGCAAACUUAAGGACGAUCCCAGCCUUUUUAUAUUUACGCAGGGAAAAGCUGUUGACUUUUUUGUACUUAUUUUGGAGGGUCGUGUAGAAGUGACAAUUGGCAAGGAAGGUCUUCUUUUCGAAAGCGGGCCGUUUACUUACUUUGGAACACAGGCAUUAGUUCAAAAUGUUGUUAUUGAUUCACCAUCACAGACGGGUUCGAUGCAGUCCUUAAACAUGGACUCCAAAAUUCGUCAAACUUUUGUCCCAGACUAUUCUGUUCGCGCAUCUUCCGACGUGAUAUACAUCGCAAUUAAACGUAGUUUAUAUCUAACAGCUAAGAAAGCUACGCUUCUAGAAAAGAGUCGCAAGUCAGGCACGUUCUCAACUGAAACAUUUGAUGACGAAGUUGAGCGUCUGCUGCACUCAAUUACUGAAGAUGAGAGGCCACGUCUUUUGGCAGCCAGCCAAAGUGCGAGGCGCUUAUCCAAGCCCAAUAGAAGUGUAACGUCAUCGCCUACACACAACGAUUUAUCUCAGGAUGAGAGAAGUAACAGUGCCAGUGGCCACAACCAGACGAGCCAUAGAAUGGGUCCAGAGCAUACAGAAGAUGCUUCGUUAAGUAGUCUGGUUACCUCAGAUGUAGCAGGAGAUCUGCCGAAUGGAGAUAAUGAUGACAGGGAUGGAGCUGCGGCUUCCACACCGCUUUUGCCAAAGCCAGAUGAAAGUAACAACGAUCCCAGACAAAACAAGCCACAAUAACAACAGUUUUCGCAGCACACACUUCUUGUUAAGAACUAGAUGCCGCAAAUUAAAUUUUCCAUAACAAUCAAACACAAAUAUUCUAAUGCAAAUCGCAAUCACUGCUGCUUUUUUUUCUCCUAAUAUUCUCUUUGGUAUAUCUUAUUGUUGUUUAUUUUCAUUUUUGUUUUCUUACAUUUCUUGUUGUAUGCAUGUUGACAAUGCAAUUUGUUUAGCAAGUUAGAGUUAUAUAUUGUAAGGCAUAAAGAUGAAUGCUGAUAUUAAUUUGCGAUUGCACUAGGUUUUUUUUUUUUUAAGCAUAAUUGUUUCAAACACAGCAGUAUGGCCCUCAGUAACCUAAGCAUAUUUUUGAGAUUUAUCGAGUUCAGAAAUUAAACACACGUUUGUAUUACCUCAUUAAAUACGUACUUAAGAAGAGAAAUUAAUCACCACCGCUUGCAAUGCCCUCCCUCAUAUUUCUUCUUCCCGUUAAUUGUUAUUAACUAAAUUGUUUGUGGCCGCAGCAUUAAUUAUAUAACUUGUAGCACAUAAAUUCCUUCCCUCAAUUUAUUGUAGUAAUCAUUAACUGUAUUCAUUGUAUAUGAUUUUACAAAUUUAAUUUGCUAAGCGAUUUAAAUGAAUUCACUUAUUGAGGCGGUGAACAAAUGUUAUUUGAGUAAACAAAAUAAUGUUAUAUAUACAUAUAUAUAAUUUACUAAUGUGCACAAGCUUUGUUUUAACUGUUGUUCAAUUAUUGCGUUAUUUAGCAAAAUGCAUUAUAUUCUAUGUCCAAUGUCCCACAUAACUUAUCAUAAAUACUAUAACUUGAGAUGUUGAAAACUUCUCACUUGUUGUUCAUUUAACUAAAAAAUGUUAAUUAGUAGUUUAUGAUGCCUAAAAUUGAUUCAAAAUGCAUACAAACAAACAUACAUACACAUCUUAACUUACAUUAGAUUAAAUAAAUACCUACAGCUACAUGUACAUGUAAGAGCAACGUAAUUCGUUUUAAAGUGUCAAUCGCAAUUGUGAGUGAUUGUUCCGAAUAACGUUGGCGAUAGGUAGAAUGAGGUAUCUUGAAAGAUUCUUGCAAAGAACCUGAGUAUAUAAUUAAAAUAAUGUGCUUGCAAUAAAUUAUAAAUUUUAUAGAAUACAUAUAUUUACUA